AUGAGAUUUCCGGAAAAUAUCACCAAUGAUCCUAGUUUAUUUGUCGAUGAGCAUAAGCCAACGGCUCAUCAUAGAUCCCGACCAGAACAUAUUUCAGGUUCGAUCGAUCGAAAGUCAUCGCCGGCAUCGGAAUAUUUCUACACCGAAAUUGUGAAAGCUAUUGGAAACAAUGAAUUCAUCAAAGAGAAAAGUUAUCUGAAACGUGUUAGUUGGAGUCCACUUGGUCAAUACGAAUCAGGUUUACCACCGACUGGCAAGCGAACUGAUGGACUUUACGCAACAGUGAACAAAGCUUCGAAUCAAAUACGUAUGAGACCACAUGCGACACGCAAUUCAGGAUUACAAAAUAUCUCUAUUGUUCGACCUGUGUCAUUCAAUGAAAAGUACGAUCGAAACCUUCUCGAUCGAUAUUCCAAUCACGCAUUCAAUUCCAACGGUAUUUGCUCAAGAUCACAUCCUAUCUCAUCUCCCACGCCAUCAUUAUCUUCAGCUGAUGCAGCUUUGCAAAUUCCAUUGCGUACAUCGCCAUCGUUUGAUAACAGUGACUUUAUCAGUGAUACAUCGUCCCUUUCAUCAUCAACGACAACUUCUUUACCAUCAGUGGUAUACUCUCGACGAAAGAAUUCGAAUUUCGAUCGAGUGUACGAGACAGGGACACAACCAUUUAUAAUUGAAUAUCAACAAAACAGUUCAAAACAUAUCGAUCCAAAGCUUUCAACGCCAAUCUUAAGGACAAACAACAUGAUUUUAUCGUCUCCGAUUUCCUCUUCUUUUCGCUCAUCAAUAACAUCUUCCUCAUCAUCAUCCUCCCCCAUUUCAUUCACUUGUCCAAAAGGUCAUGAAGAGUCAUCAUCAUCUCCCAUAGGGCCAUCUUUAAAUCAACAAUCAAAGUUUACUACACAAACAUCAAUUAUUGAUUCGUCUCGAGAGGAUAUUGGUCAUCUAACGACAACAACACGUAGCCUGAUGACUAUGUCAAUUUCGCCUAAUCGUCAACAAACCUAUUCAACGAAUCCUCUGAACACAUCGAAUCGCUCAAUGACAACUAAUGACGAUGGAUUAAAACAACAACAUGAAGCAAUUGAUUCAGCAUUGUGUAAUUCCAAUAAUAACAGUUGUUUAAAAUCACAAAAAGCCGGCACAACUCGUUCAAAGAAAUCCGUUCAUUUCGAUCGACAGUUACCACCAGAAUAUCGUUCAUCAUUCCCAUCGACACGUACUCAUUAUCAACUCCCGGUCACACUUACGUCUUCAUGUAUAUGCAAUCGCACUAGUGAUAAUGAAGAACAAAAGAAAAAAUCUCAUAGUGAGACACUCGAAGAAAAAGAGAAAAAUGAAAUGACAAGAAGGACAAUCAUCGCCAAUAUAACUCCGCUGACCACACAUUCAGUUCAUCGUUCUUUUUCUCUUUCACCAUUACCUCCAUCGAAAAAAGAGAAUAACGAUAGUCGUACAUCUAGACAAGAGAAAAAAGAAAAUGUCGAUGAACUAAAUUGCACGACUUCUUCUCGACAAGUAACAACUGCUGCAACUACAUCGACGACUCACCUUUAUUGCACGCCUCACACAACGAUAGUCACUUACAAAGAUGGCAACUAUGAUACUUCUCUAACAAAAGAACUAAAUGGCACGAACCAUUUUUCUACAGGUGAAAAUUUGACACAUUCAAUUCCAGAAAAGCAGAUGCCGAUGAUGAACUCAUCUGUGAAAACAUCGACAACCCCCCAACAAUCGCAAACAACAACUAAGAAAUUCAUCGGUACUGGAGGCUUUUUUAAUUUUAUUCAUCGAUCAAAUAGUAAUCAGAAUAAAUCAUCGUCGUCGUCUUCUCCAGCAGACGAUAGUAAACAAUUAAAACGUACAACAUCUACCCAACGACGACCGAAACAGUAUAUAUCAAAUGAAAAUAAGCGUCUCAGUGCCGAUAUUGAACCACUUCAUACUUCUUCUGUAUCAUUAAGCAAUGCAUGGAAAGAACAUAUUGACAAGGUUCAAAUCAACGCUCAAAAAGAACGACCCUUAACAAAGUAUUCUGCUAAGAUCAAUAGAAAGAGUUCAUCUAAUGUUGAUUCAUCUAUUCCAUUACAUUCGAAUGUUCAGACGAAUAGAAGUUCAAUAUCACUGUUAACGAAACCAGCGAACACAAUUAUGAAAUCCAAUGAAGGAGAUUCAUUGAAUAACGGUCUCUUAUUUCAACCUAAUGAAAUAGGAAAAAGAGAUUCUUUCAUUCUCUCUCCUUCAAGUUCAUUUUCUCAUGCUAAUGACUCGUCAUCGUCGUCAUCAUCAUCAGGAGUAUCAUCGUCAAUUGGUAAGAUGAUGCAAACAUCGACACUUGUGAUUUCUACUCCUCCACAAUAUCAUUAUUAUCUGUACCCACCGACUCCAACCAAAAAACCGGCGACUAACAAUCGUACAGUAUCCAAUGUUAGUAUGAAUAGCAUCAGUACAAAUUCGUCUUCGUCGUAUGACUCUCAAAUACACGAUCUUGACGAUGACACAUCGUCAUGUUCCGCUUAUCAAAAUAAAAUUUAUCAAUCCGCAUCUUAUUCAUCGGCAAAACCUGUUACACUCUCCGAUUCGGUUCAAGCGUUUUGGCCACCACAAGCAUCGCUUCUCUCGCCUACUAGCCUUGAACAAAAUCAACAUUCCAAUUUAAUCAAAAACAAACAAUCGGAAGUGAAGACAACACAAAAGAAUAUUCGGAGUCCGACCCGUUCCAAUGAUUCAUCGUCAAUAACCACUGGCAAUCAAACAGAUGUUUUAUCACCCCCGACAUCAUUAAUAUCAAAUAAAAACGAAGAAGUUCGAUCGUACACCGAACAGACUUCAUUUCACAGUCCAGGUUUACGUCCAACAAGCGAUACUUCGUUCGAAGAUACGCCAGCAUCUUACAGUGAACUUCUACGUGCCAAAUCGCGUUCAAUAACAAACAAUCGAACGUUGACAAUGAAUGUGAAUAAUUCGUCUUUGUCUCGAUCAAGGUCAAAAGAUACUUUGAAUAAUCAAAAUGAAGAAUGCAAUUCUCUCAAUCGAAAUAUUCUUCGACCAAAAUCCGCUGGUCAGACGCAUGUACAAGCCUUAUUAUCACCAGUUACAUAUGAAAUCUCCAAUGAUUUUCAAUCGAAACGACAAUUUUUCGAAAAUCGCAUCUAUUCAGAUAAUGCACCGAUAUCCGCAUGUCCGAAAGUGCUCACGCUACCGCCCACAUCGAACCCACCACGACAGGUGAUCAAACAACCAGUACCAGUACCUUCUACUGAGUCAAUGAUAAGAACAACGAAAUACUUUGACUCAUCUGCAAGUCAAACUUCGCUUCCACCAGCUGUCCAUCGCAAACCAGUUCGAAUUGUCAAAGCUGUACAACGUUCAGUCGUAUCACCGUCGGUUAAUGAAAUGAAAACUUCUUCUUCUUCUUCUUCUUCCUCGCUUUCUCCUCCGUCGAAAACGACUCCAGCAAACGAUUCUCCAAUGUCGCCUCCAAACAACAAUGAUCAUCAUCUCAGUUCGGAAUAUGUGCGUAAUUUAUUUCCGACGCCUGAUCAUCAAAAACGAAAUCGUUCAAGACAGAAUUCGUCGACUAAUGUGAAUAGCGAAAGUGUACCUCAAACGGAAGAUCUAUUGAAUUUAACAAAACGUUUGGAGAUAUUCAGAGAAAAUCAGCGCGUUGUCAGCGAUGAAAUUGAAAUCAACACUAAACUUGGUUCAAAAUUAAUCAACGUCAUCGAAUCCAAAGGUGAAGCAAAUGAAAUUGAAAAAUUCAAAUUACACAUCAAUGAAAUCGAUACAAUCACAUCCGUUCUUCUCAAGCUCAGUGCUCGUUUAGCCAAAGUCGAGAAUGAUUUGUCGAUGUUAACUGAUGAUCAAACUCAACUAAAAGCGAGUUUACUUGAUCGUCGGGAGAAAAUUCAACAAAAACACGACGAAGCGAAGGUGCUCAAAGACGGAAUCGAUCGACGUAGUCGAGUGGUUACAAAUAUUCUUCAAAAGUAUUUUUCUACUGAACAAUGUGAUGAUUAUGAUCAUUUCAUUCGAAUGAAAUCGACUUUACUAAUUGAUGCAAAGGAAAUCGAAGAGAGCAUUGCAUUGAUUGAAAAACAACUUGAACUUCUUCAAUCGUCCUCUUUUGUAAAUAAUCAAUCUCAUCUUUCACCGGCAUCAGUAUCGAUUGCGGAAAAUUUCCAACGCUCAAAUUCGAUCACAAGUUCAACAUCAACUCAGCUGGUCGAUAAUCUUCAAACAAAUCAUCCUAAUACUAUAUCAACAACGGCCUAG